UGUGCGACUGAGCAAAGUGAUCGAAGGGAAGGGAAAAAUUUUUAUUUUUCACUUGGAAUCAGGUUAACCAUAGUUAACUUUUAGUACGCUAAUAGUCUUCCAAUAAAAUAUAUUUAUAUAGAAGAGUAUAUAACUAAGCAUUAAAAUCCCUUGCCAUAUAUGUCAACCAUGUUUUCCAAGACUCGUAAACCACUUGAACCAUCUACAAAUGGAAAUAACCUUGAAGAACCACUUUCUAAUAGUAGUAUUCUUCAUAGUAGUAAUGGAUUAACUACUACUACUACUACAUCAACAACAACUACAACAACAAUUCCACCAAAUAAAGGUGGGAAACGUUAUAGUAUGAAUGAAGUAUUCCAAGUUUGGUAUGAUAAAAAGGAUCAAAUUCUUGAACCAUCAAUGGAAUUACCUGUACAACAGAAUGAAAAUUAUAAACUUUCAAAGCCUAACCAAAUUUAUCACUUGGACUUACAAUCAUUUGUUAGAUCAAAUUAUAAAGAAAACGGUGAAUCAUAUGAUCAAGUAACUAAUGAAAUUCCUCAAGUUGUAAGUAAUUCAUUAGAAAAUUUGAAUAUUAAUGAUGAUAAUGUUAUAUCACUGACUUUACCUGAUUCAGUAUCUUUGGUUGGAGGUAAUCAAAUUAAUGCUCCACCUCCAGGUAUUUCUCAACCAGUAAUUAAUCAGGAUAUACCCCUUCAAUCAUUAACGCCUCCCCUUCUUACUUCAGAUAAGAUUGAAUGGUAUUAUAUUGAUCCUCAUGGUACUGAACAAGGACCUUUUAAUGGAGAUAUGAUGCAAGAAUGGUUAAGUGGAGGAUAUUUACAUCUUGAUUUACAAAUUAGAAGAAAAGAAGAUACAACUUUUAAAACUGUUCAACAAUUAUGUGAUGGAGUCCAAAAUUAUGUUCAACCAUUUAAAGUUCCAUUACCUGAUUUAACUGUUCCUCCACCUCCUGUACCAACAAAUCAAUUUUCUUCAUUUGUUCAACAACCUCCUCCUUUCCAAAAACAACAAUCUCAACUUCAUCAAUUCCUUGCAGGAUCUUCAAGAUUAAAUAAUUCGAUUAAUCCUCAAUCCUCCUUAUUUGGUAAUGAUUUUAUCAAUAAUGAUCCUUUCGGAACUGCUAGCCCUUUGAAUGCUCCUGGUUCGAUUGGAUUCCAAAAUACAACAUCUACUAAUCAAUUCGGUCUUGACACUUUAAAUCAUCAUGGUUUUAAUAAUCCGUUACAAUCCAUGCCUUCAUUAUUACAACAUCAAAUUCAACAACAAAAUAGUCAACCAACCUUAUCAAGAAAUAAUAGUGGAUGGGCAGCAGGUUUAGAUACUUCUGGAGGAUUUGGUAAUAGUAAUCCUUCAACACCAGUAAGUAAUACUUUACCUCAAAUUUCUCAACCUGCUCCAAUCUCUCCUUGGUUAUCUGGUAUUCAAUCUCUGUCUCGUGUUAGUUCUCCAUUUGUUUCAUCAUCCAAUAUUAAUGCCGCAGUUGAAGUUCAAAAUCAAAUCCCAAAUAAUGAUGAUCAUGUUUUAGAUGAAAUUCAUACUUCAGUAGUAACUGGUAUUUUGAAUGAAGGUGAAGAAGAUCAUUUUGGUGCUAAUUCUGCUCCUGCUGUUGAAACUGCCCCUGUAGCACAAGUUGAAGUUCAACAACCAGCAGUAGUUUCAAAUGAACCUGAACAAAAGCAAGAUUCUGAACCUCAACCUGUAGCUGAACAAGUUGAAGAAGCCACUAGGUAUGAAUUAAAGGGGGCUCCAGUUAAGAAGCAAGGAUCAGAAAAGGAAAGAUCUACACCAAAGGAAGUUAUUGUAGGAGAUGCUUCAAAAAAUACUACUGCUGCUCCUGCUCCCCGUCCUGAAUUAGCUCCAUGGGCUGCUAAGAAAGAUAAUUCCAAACCAAGCUUAACUUUAAAGGAAAUUCAAAGUAUUGAAGCAGAAAGAUCAGAAAAGCAAAAAGCUCAACAAAAACUAGAACAACAAGUUGCUGCUGCAAAAGCUUGGGCUGCUCUUGAUGAACAAGUUGUUGAAAAAGUUACUACUGCUUUACCAAAGACUUCAAGUUGGGCUAGUGCUACUACUGGUAAUUCACCAGUUGUAACUAAAAAGACAUUAGCAGAAAUUCAAAAGGAAGAAGCAGAAGCUGCUGCUGCAUCUAAAUUAGCUAAUCGUUCUUCUGUUCAAAAGAAUUCUUUUGCUAGUGCUAUUUCUUCAACUCCAAUUAAAGAAGAUACAGGAGUAUGGACUACAGUUGCAUCCAAAAGAACUGUUGUUAAAAAGCCAGUUCAACAGACUAUUACUAAUUCAGCUGCUGCUUCAAAGGCUAGUCCUCAAUUAUUACGUUCUGUUUCAGCCACUAGACCUGUUACUAAUUCAGUCAAUGAUGUAGCAUUAAAAGAAGAAUUUUUAAUUUGGGCUAGAUCACAAAUGACUAAUUUAUAUCCUACAGUUUCUAAAGAUGAUUUAUUAGAUAUCUUUGUUACUUUACCAACUUCAAGUUCAGAUUCUUCUCAAUUAAUUGCCGAUACAAUUUAUAGUUCAUCGGCAACUAUGGAUGGUAGAAGAUUUGCUCAAGAAUUCUUAAAGAGAAGACAAAAGGUUGAUCAACAAGUUAGUAAUGAUGAAGACUCUUGGUCAGCUGCCAUUAUUUCAUCAGCUGAUAAAGUUUCUACUGUUGAUGAAGAUGGUUGGAGCACUACCGUGAAAUCUAAGAAGAAGAGUAACUCUAAAAAGUUUUAAUUACAUAGUUAAAUAGUUAAAUUAUAUAAGCAGCACCGGAAUAAAAAAAGGUCUUGAUCAAAAAAAAAAAUAAUAAUAAAG